AUGGAGUGUGAGCUGUCCGACGACCCGGCACAGGCAACGCGGAUUAGCGGCCGCAUCGUCUCGUUUCCCGACGUGACUGCGCAACGCGUACUGCGUGUCUCCCACUGGACGUCCACUUGUUUACAUGGACUCGGAUCACCAUCUGCCAUUGUAUACUGCAGUAACGGAGGACGGCAUCCCGCGACCGGCAGGCAUGCUGCCACGACGGAAACAUGCCGUCGUUGUCUGCGUGAAGCCGACUGGAAUGCUUCCACCUCGGUGUGUGCAAUGCUUCUGGCCGCUGUGACCACGUGGUUGGAGAUGCACCGAGGCACCGUACGAGUGGCAGCCGUGACAGCCACUGAUGAACCUGGACGGUCAGAGUGGAGCAGGCCGAGUGUGUUGCAGCGGCAGCAUGGGACGCGCACACGGCCUCACCGGGAAGCAGGCUGCCUCCAGCUGAAGAUGUCCGCAAACGGGAGUACCGCAAUAAUGCCCUCCGCCGUGGCUUCUCCAUGCUGCUUGUGGUCCGUGCGAAAGAGCUUGGUGCCCUCUCGAGCCCAGGCCUGUGAUGCCGCGAGGCAUGGAGGCACCACGUCCCCGCCCUCUGGGAUCGGCCGUGCUGCGGUACUGUUGGGACCGCGUCUGUGCUCUGCCUCCGCCGGAACCUCUUCCCGACGUGAGCACCGCCACUCCUUGCCGACCAACAAGCGGCUGGUUGACGUCUUCCUGCCCACUCUUCGGCAGACCGGCACGCGCCCUGCGGAUCACAAGCAACCCUUUAUGUCGGUAGCGCCUUCCCUCCCUCACACUGAAGAGGCAGGACCGCCCCGACCUCCUCCGGAACCUCCACCUGGCGUGUCCACGGCACCUCCUCGUAGAACGACGAGCAGCGGAUCAACGUCGCCCUGCCCAAGCUGCAGCAGCGUCUUCUCGUCCGUCCACAAUAUGAAGGCACACGCCCGACGCACUAACCCUGGCACUCCAAUCUUUGAAGGCCUCACAUGUGGAUUCUGUGACAGCUCCACGGUCUUCCUAACAGGUGCCUCACGCGUGGGUCAUUACCGAAAAUGCCAAGCGUAUCAACAAGUAAAAAACAAAAAGCGCAACUCUGCAAGCUCCAAUGACUACCACAGCCCUUCAGCCACUUCUCUGCUGCAACCCCAACCAACCACUGAGCCCCCGACGGUCCACGGGAAACUCUAUCGCAGAUGCUGUGGAAACGUCUUUGUCUUCGACAACCGAGUGUUGAACUAUUUGAGGAUACCCCUUCUCGUACGACAUCACCCUUCGAAACGGAAAAAAUAG